AUGGAUCUUACACAAGUGCAACUGCCAGCAGAGACCUGUUGCCUCCGCAAUUUCGCUACGGAAGAAGAUGUUCCUUACACGAAUCCCUCUCAAUUACCUGAUUUAGGAGAAGGUUCAUAUGGAAAAGUCGACAUUGUGAAGGCGGCCGAUAGGCCAGGGUCGCAAGACAAUCGCAUAUUUGCUCGUAAAGAGUUUCACCAUAAAGAUAGAUUCGAUUCAUCCAGCAAAUCCGCGGCACAGCAGAACCUAGAAAGAGAACUUGAUAUAUAUAAUCAAUUGGAGAAAGAACAACCGACGAAGCACAGAGUCAGGAUCAUCGAUGCGUACACGGUUGGCAUGAAGCAGUUCUUUUUGAUCAUGCACCCCGUCGCAGAAGGCAAAACGCUCCAGGAUAACCUUCGCAACUUCGCAUUUGCUAGGGAAAGACGAUCUGUAGAUGAAGUUAUAAUCUUUCGUCGCGCGAUUGGCUGUCUCACUGUGGCCAUUGCGAGCCUACACGAUAAAGGUUUCCGCCAUCGAGAUUUACAUCCUGGAAACAUACUACUUCACAGUGGCGAGAUCCUAAUAUGCGACUUUGGAGCCUCGUUACAUACGCAAUAUAAACAACGAAGUACUACCUCAACUGAUUUUCCCCCGAAGAUGGAGCGAUAUGCCGCACCUGAGGUGAUAUCCUCUUUAGGAGAGCGAAAUAAGAUGGCGGAUGUGUUUUCCCUAGGAGCAAUUCUGUUUGAGAUUGUGUUUGCUAUACAUGGACGCAGGGAACUCGCGGAAAGCAUCAAGGAUGGUGGUUACCGGUAUGAAGCUCGGUUAGACGAAGUUCGCAGAAUGUGCGACUCCAGCGCUGCCAACCCGGAAAUGCUAUGGUACAUACGGAGUAUGUUAGCGCGUAAUCCGAGCGAUCGCCUUUCGGCGAAAACUGUGGCCUCACAUUUUCUGAAUCUCCUGGAGUCAGAUACAGGUCCACUGAUGUGUUCUGAUUGUCAGAAAUGGCUGAGGCAAACUGGUGAGCCCCAAAGGCUACUUGAUGAGCUUCAGGAAAAACGAGAUAGAUUCAGACGCCAGGCGGAACUCCAAGAAAGAAGGGAAGAGCGUGAUGACCUCAAAGAGCUCCUUAUAAAAAGGACUCGGUCUUUCUGA